UGCCGCUCGCCUUCCUUUUCCCGCCCGUUUGUUCCGAGGUCUUUUCGUCUUUCUGGUAGGGAAACACGCACACAUCUCGUGUAAUUUUAACGGUGUUGUUACUAAUAUAUUCCCUUUACAUUACACGUCAAAUGGCUAGCCGCAAACUGAAUUUACUCUGAAGUAGCAGAUUUCCAGUGAUUUGUGCAAGACCGAAUAAUGAUUAAGGUAACACAAAACUGCUGCAAGACUCCCGCUUCAGUUGUUGUACAUAUGAAAUCAGUUGCUUCCAGGUCACUGCAACACAAGAAGAGUUUACACCUAAAAAGACCAGUUCUGCCAGAAGAGCAUCAAACAAAAAAUAAAAGCAACAAAACAAACCACCUUGAGGGUAGUCCAUCUUUACUUAUAGGACGUCAGGAAAUGACAGCUUUUUUUAAACUGUUUGAUGAUGAUUUGAUACAAGAUUUCCUGUGGAUGGACUGCUGCUGCAAAAUUACAGACAAGUACUUGUUGGCUAUGACAUUUGUGUAUUUCAAGAGGGCCAAAUUCAGCAUUGUGGAGCAUACUAGAAUGAACUUCUUUGUUGCCCUGUACUUGGCAAAUACAAUGGAAGAAGAUGACGAAGAAAGCAAGUAUGAAAUAUUUCCAUGGGCUUUGGGUAAAAAUUGGAGGAAGCAUUUUCACAAAUUUCUGAUGCAAAGGGAUUUGCUAUGGGCUCGCAUAAAAUACCGGGCUGUUGUAAGCCGGCUGUGCUGUGAAGAGGUAAUGGCAAUUGCACCUUCACACUCAAUCUGGCAACGAGAGCGUGCAGAGCAUCACAGUGGAGCUAUUAGAAAUUAUGCAGAAAGAGAGGAUUUGCAGCUAUCAAAAGAUUUUGCUUGUUCAACAAAGAAAUGUUCCUUGUGUAGGGAGAGUGGUCAAUUCUUAGAGCUGUUCUCCUCAUCCUCCGACGACUCCUCUUCGCCCCCAGCCAACAUCUUAAAAGCCAAAACUCGGACAACGAAAGAUAAAACUAAAAGACCUAGAAGAAUGCCAGACUUUAAUCACAGUUCCUCUGAUAAAAAUGUUUCAUGGGGAAGCCAUAGAAUAUCCCACCUCAUUUCAUGCAGUUUCUGGAAAUGUACAGCUUGAGUUUAAACACAUCACUGCAUUUACCAUCCUGAAUCUGUGCAACGCCAAAAGUAUACAAAAAGAAAAAUGUGAUACGACAAAAAGUGAUCGUACAUUUGCACUGAUAGAAUAAAUGGGUGUAACAGUAGAUAAAGCACACAUCUAAAAAGGCAAAUGGUAACCUUGACAAAGAUUGUACAACAUUCUGAUUAAAUAUAAUAUAUAAUAUAAAAAAAAAAAGGCAUUGAUCCACAUUAAUUUAUUCAUUCUUUUUUUGUUGGUAAAACACUAGUUUAAUUGAACCAACAUACAAAUGCACCAAUGGGCAAAUUAGUAGUCUGGAUGCUUGUGCCUACAAGGUUUUAAUUCCAGACAACCAAGCUCCAGUCUUGCAUAGCUGUUGAAUUGCUAGAUGUUCAGAAUAUUUGGUUCAUGCAGUAUUUUCCUAAUCAAAAAUCGGACCACCCCAUUCUUCAUGUACCAUCUUAACUUGAUUGUUGCUUUUAACUGCAUUAUGACAAAUGGGGCAAAAAACUUUUACAAAUAAACUGGUUGAACUUUUUCAGUGGAUUUAAAUAUGCAGGAUGUUCUUUAAAGUACUGUUCACUGUAGGGAGGGGACAGCAUCGCAACCAAAUCAGAACGUACUGUGUAUUUGUAGAGUAUCCAGAACCCACUAGUAAAAGCAGUCCUUUGUCUAAAUAGAGAGAAAAAAAGAAAACCUAAUCUUAGGAUUGAAAAAGUGAGAAAGCACAGUAACAAACUUUAUACUAGUCCUAGAAAUGCUGGUCCAGUCAAUGGUGAAUCCUUUCAUUAAAUGUACAACAUAGAAACAAAUGCAGACUGACACGGUAGGUAACUCUUCAACUGACAGGUCCUGCUACAGCCGAGAGAUUGACCCAAAAUAUUCAGCAGCUUGUUAAUCGCAUGUGGUGAUUUGAAUGUUUCAACAAUCUUCUUGCCACAAAUUUUCAGGUCUUCAAUCUUAGGAAAUGACCGUUUAAAUUUUGGAAAUCAAAUGGUUAGACUCCUUUACAAACAUCUUGCCUUAUGCAGUCACAGGGCAUGAGACAAAUCUCCUAAAACCAAAACUCUCCCAAUUAAUCCAUAUGUACAGUGGGCUCC